UUGAAAUUCUAUGCUUGGAAGGUUCAGAUGAGAGUUGAAUCCCUCCCUGAUUUGAUAGUAGUAGAAUAAACCCUAGGAAAGUCAUUUGCUAGAUAUGUACAGAGCAAAUUUCAUAGGGUUUGUGUUGGCCAUGGCGUCCAGCGCCUUCAUUGGAUCUAGCUUCAUCAUCAAGAAGAAAGGACUCCAGAGAGCCGGCGCCUCUGGCUCUCGAGCUAGUACCGGAGGCUAUGGUUAUCUACUUGAGCCACUUUGGUGGAUUGGAAUGGUCACCAUGAUUGUUGGAGAAUUUGCCAACUUUGUAGCUUAUAUUUAUGCACCAGCUGUACUUGUGACACCAUUGGGUGCUCUAAGUAUAAUUGUUAGUGCUGUUCUAGCUCAUUUCUUACUGAAGGAAAAAUUGCAGAAAUUGGGAGUAAUAGGAUGCAUUUUAUGUGUUGUGGGUUCUACAGUCAUUGUUCUUCAUGCACCUGGAGAACAUGCUAUAAGUUCAGUGGACGAGAUAUGGGCUUUAGCUACACAACCGGCAUUUCUUCUGUAUGCUGCAGCAUCAAUGGCAAUAGUAUUGGUACUGGUGUUGUACUGUGAGCCUCGCUAUGGGCAAACGAACAUUAUGGUCUAUAUUGGUAUCUGUUCUAUAGUAGGAUCAUUGACGGUAAUGAGCAUUAAAGCGGUAGGCAUUGCAAUAAAGCUUACUCUGGAAGGAUCAAGUCAAGCUGCACACCUGCAGACAUGGAUUUUUGUAACGAUUUCAGUUUUGUGUAUAAUCUCUCAGCUCAACUACUUAAAUAAGGCUUUGGACACAUUUAAAACAGCCGUGGUUUCUCCAAUAUAUUAUGCGAUGUUCACAUCACUUACAAUUGUAGCCAGUGCCAUAAUGUUUAAGGACUGGUCUGGUCAGAGUGCUAGCAACAUUAUUUCAGUGCUUUGUGGGUUUUUGACUGUGCUUUCGGGUACAAUGGUUCUUCACUGCACUAGGGACCCUGAUCCUCCUCUCGAUAUGUACACACAAGUUUCUCCUCAAAUAUCAUGGGUGGUCCGUGCCAAUGGUGAGAUAUGGAAGCAGAAAGACGAUGAUUUGCAUCCUGAAUUUGUUGCAAUAAUACGGCAGGAUCAUUUCAAGUAAGGCAAAUAAUUCCCAAUAGUCGGAAGGGCUUGGCGUGGCUGAAUUUCUAUCCACUGCAUUCGCAUUAACGAGCACUGGCUAUUUGAAUUUGUUAUCUCAGAUUUCCGGGUUAGUGUCCUUUUGAUUGAAUUCACUGCUUUGAAGAGAGUGUUGCCGCCUAUAUCAUCUUCCCUUCCAUCACAUUAGCUGCUAGAGGAUCAUGUUGUUUUUCAUGUGCCCCAUCUUUCAUGGUUGUCACUUGUCAUUUUUCAACAAAGGUGCUCAUUCCAGGUUUGAUAGACUGUUCUCCUAGAUGUAAUCAUGUUUUUCUGAUUCAUAGCCUUGUAAUUCUUUCUGCAUCAGGUCUGUGAAUUUGCUGUAAAAAAAUAUAUUAGGUGUUGAUAUUAGCUAGCAUUGUAACUUGUAAGAAUGGUAACUUUAUUCAAUUGAGUGAAAAGAAAAGUGUUCUUUGCUUUAA